ACCGUUCGUUCAAAAGUAAAGUAUUCAUCGGGCUUGGCAGACGUGUGUGCCGUCGUGAAAUUUCAGUGCUGCUUUCCGCAAGUGGACUUUUGGGGAUUGAAGGGUAUUUUUGCUGGCUCAUUUUAGGGACUUUUGAUACGCGGUCGUCGCGAUUCCGUAGUGUUUCAACGUAGAACAAUUCCGGUUCGACAUUGUGCCAGUAUUGUGAUAAUCGUGUUACAGAUCCACCAAGUGUGAGAUCACAUCGAAAUAGUUAUCCCGUUGUCCGGAAGGUGUGGAUAAAGUGGCCAUAAUUUGGGGUUCUGUCAUACCACAUUCAUCGGUAGGGACCACGCACACAGCAAUACGCGGACUUGGUGCUCUUUUCUUGGACCAGUACCAUCAUCAUCAACAACAUUCGAGAACACCACACAGCACAGCAUACAGCUAGAAAAGAACCCGACGGACGACGGACAGUCGAAAGUUGAUUGAACAAACCGUGUGUCUUCUAGCGAGUGAGUGAGUGAAGAGUGUGACCGUGUCGUCGUAGGCAAAGUUAUCAGUUGUGGGAACGAGAAGGAACGAGUUUGAAUGUAAAUACACAGAUACACACGAGUUGUCAGUUUCGUCACACGCCCGUUCAUUUUGACCAGUCUUCGCCCAAAUUGUUUAUUGUUGCUGACUCCACAGCAUGUUCUGCCCGUCGAACUUUGAUGAGCUCUACCAUGCGCUAUUAUUAUCUGCACCGCAUAAUUGUAUCCACGAAGAAAACCUCAAACUACCACAGCAGCAUUAAUUGGAACCUCUUCUGAUAGUAGGUACCUACUACAUACAUUCAGUGGUUCGUUUCCUGAUUUGGUGGAAGAUUCAGCCGCACCGAAAACAACCAGAAGAGACCCUCAUCCGCCAUCCUCGGCACCCGGCCAAAUAGCGAGCUCACAGUAGGUGCUCCCAACCCAACCCAACAUCUGGACCUUGGCUCCGAGCUCAAUCGUCGGUCGAACGCACAACCACCCGCAGAAGUGCAGUUUUUCCACGUUGUCUUUCCUGUACCCUAUUAUACUUCUCACGAUUCUGAACCGUAGUACAGUGUAAAGGCUACACCACAGAGGCUUUUGACAACAUUUCGUUCAGCAGCAGCAAGUUCAGGAACUGCCCCGUACAGCAGCAAAUAGCAACACCACCAACAAGUUGUUGUUGCUGAUGAUGUUGAUGGGUGUUUUUGCCUAUACAUAGUUGUGUUGUUGUUGUUUUUUACCUUUGAUUUUGAUUGUACGAGUGUCUUCGGUGUGCUCGAGUCAUAAACCGAAAGGCCAGUAAGCCAGCAAGUCAGUAAGAAAGCGCUAAGAAGUCGGAAAGAGUCUCUUGGCAAAGCUGUGUGUGCCGUCGUGGUACAGGGAAAAGUGUAUCGAGGAAAGAUGUUUAAGACCUGAUGAGAAAGGAAAUUUCUACUGUUAAAACUUGUGAUUUCAUAGAAAAAAUAAAGCUAAAGAUAUCGCAUUGUUGUACCCCGACAGAAGAAGCUGCCAGGCAGAAGAAAGUAAAAAUCGAAUAAAUUUACUCAUUGCAUCUUUGCUAUGAAAGGUGUACGAUCAAAUUUGGCUCCAUAGGUGAUUGUGUUUAUGGCUUGAAAAAAAUCAAAAUAAAACAAACGGAAGCGAAGAAGUUGAAUUGUAAUUUGUGUGUGCAGUGAAAAAAUCAUAUUCGUUCAUUAGUGUAUUUAGGGGGCAAAAAAUCCUAGCCGAGCAAAAAAUCGCACUACCAUCUACGCUGCUAGUAUCUGGCUAAAGGUGUUUUGCAUUUUCUUCUCGGUUGCGCAAGUCUCUCGGGACUAGAAGAUCAUCUUGGGGGCUGUUGUAUGUUGGGAGCUGCUGGGAGUGGGAAGUUGAGCAAAGCAGUACUGGCCUAGACGACCACAAUCUUCCAGUCAAUCGUCAGUCAACUAGAAUAGAGUGUUUUCUUGUUCUGUUUGCGUGUGGAAAAAGAGUGGUGUGGAUAUCGUUUCGGAUUUCGCCUAUGAUAUAUACGACGGGGGUACCUACACUCAUUGUGUGUGUAUAGCUAAGCACAUCAAUUGAUGCGAUAGCGGUAAAUAAAUGCAAAGUGUGAUUGGUGCGCUAAACGGCAGGAGAGGCCGCAGAUACUCAACGCUGUGCCACUGCUGCCACUGAAUUUCGUCAAAUUCGCUGGACAUCAUCAACCAGGAGCAAAAAUGAACAAACUAGAAUAUUCACGGCGGAAUGGCACCCAGAAAAUACGGCUAACAAUUCUGUGUGCCCGCAGUCUGCUCAGGAGGGAUCUUUUUCGUCUCCCGGAUCCGUUCGCCAAAAUCCGGGUCGAUGGCACUGCCCAGGAGUACAAGACGGAGAUCUGCAAGGCCUCGCUGGAACCGAAGUGGAACACCCACUACGACCUGUACCUGGGCAAGACCGACAGCAUCACGAUCUCGAUCUGGAACCAGCGCAAGGUCCAGAAACGGCAGGGCUCCGGCUUUCUCGGGUGCGUCCGGAUCGUGGCCAGCACGAUCCAGCGGCUCAAAGAUACCGGCUAUCAACGGUUGGAGCUCUGCAAAGCAUCCCACGAUGAUCCAGAACCGGUGAAAGGCCAAAUCAUCGUAUCGCUAAUGUCCCGGGAUGGUACCACCGGUGGUACUCCGUUGGCCAUAGUUGGCCCGGCCGGGGACGUGCGCGGACCGGACGAUGAUGAAGAGAUAUCGAAAGACGAUCUACCUGCCGGUUGGGAGGAACGUCUUACGCAAACGGGUCGUCUGUAUUACGUGAACCACGUGACCAAAACCACCCAAUGGUUACGACCCACGGAACCGGCAGGUGUGCAGUCAGCACAACAACAACCGUUUCUUUCCAACGGUAGCAGCAACAAUAGCAGUGCGGACUCGAUACCACCUGGUCCGUCGAAAUCAGCCACCAACAACAGUAUCAAUAGUAUUCAAUCGAACGACUCUGGGAGUCGACGUCAUUCGACGGAAAUUGUUCUGAACAAUUCCAACAACAAGGAAAACUGCAACGGAAAUAAAGACCUUCGGUUGAAGGAUACGGAAAAUGGAAUAUCGCCGGUUGUGAACGGCAACAGUGGAAGCGGCCGCAACGACGCGAAGAGCCCGGUGCGGAUUCGUGACGAAAGUAUUUUGAUAACACCAAGCUCCAGCACAAGCCCCCUCAGUGAAUUCAACAGCCCGGUUACACCAAAACCAUCUACCGAUCUGCCCUCACCCAGAAACUCUGGGGUUGUGAGAGACCCUCAGCUACUAACAGGACUGCCAAAUGCCAUCGGUUCACUGUCGAUAGAUCCUUCCGCCCCACGAACACAUCCAACCAAUGGAAAUAUUCCAAGUGCUCAUUGCACACCUUCCAGCAAUAAUAACAAUAGCAGCAGUAGUAGCAGUAACAACAACAACAAUAGCACAAAUGUAGGCUCAACAGGGGUAGCUCCCUUCCCAGUGCUAGCUAACUCUAGUUCUAGUAACUACAACAGCACAAACAACACGCCAACGCAUGGCUCGAAUACGCCAACGAGGGACCCCAACAACCCAGUGCCUUUAUUUCAUACUCCUCCCAGUGGUGGUGCUGGAGGUCUUCCGAACGGCACCGGUCGAACUCCGGAAAGUUUUCUCGGAGAGAUGCCAUCGGUCCCGGGGAGAUCCCAACCACAACCUCAACAGCCAACCAGCAGUAACGGAAUCGAACCAGCAGGUCGAGAACCAUCAGCAGGACGGACGCGGCGAAGCUCCCGUAAUUCGGAGGAAUCAUCCCGCAGAAGAUCAUCUCGAACGAAUCGGGCACAGCUGGUUAUGCCACCCCAGCAACAACCGCCGCAGGCACAACGUGGCGUUGCACCUGUGAUACGACCGGCCGUGGAUCUACCUCCCGGUUAUGAAAUUCGAACGACCCAACAAGGUCAAGUGUACUUCUAUCAUAUACCAACCAAAAUGUCGACGUGGCAUGACCCACGAAUACCGAGGGACUUCGACACGCAAAACAUUACACCGGAAACACUCGGGCCCCUUCCUCACGGCUGGGAACAGCGCAAAACUGCUUCCGGUCGGGUUUAUUUCGUAGAUCACAACAACCGAACCACCCAAUUCACCGAUCCUCGUCUAAAUGGUCACAUCUUGCACAUUAUUCGAAAACAAACGCAACCACCACCGGUGACAGCAGCCACAGGAUCAGCAGCUUGUCCAUCUGCGGUCAAUGGAUCGUCUCUGAACGCACUGUCCGGAGCCGGACCACAGGUGUCCAAUGGAGGAGUGCCACCCGGUGCGCCCAGUAACUCUCGGUUGAUCAUGACAGCUGAAGCUGCUAAUCCUAUGGAUUGCACCCCACACAGGACGGUACAGCACAGCAGCAACAUCACCGAUCUGCCGCAGGGGCUGCUGGAUGGUGCCGAGUUGCUGCCGAAGUAUCGACGUGAUUUGGUCGGUAAGAUUCGAUCGCUACGGGCCGAACUGCAAACAUUGCAACCGCAAUCCGGCCAUUGCCGGUUGGAGGUGUCCCGGCAGGAAAUCUUCGAAGAGAGCUACAGACUGAUCAUGAAAAUGCGACCGCGGGACAUGCGCAAACGGUUGAUGGUUAAGUUCAAGGGCGAGGAAGGUCUCGACUACGGUGGCGUGGCCCGCGAGUGGCUCCAUUUGCUGUCGCUCGAAAUGUUGAAUCCACAGUACGGUCUGUUCCAGUACAGCGGCGACGAUCGAUCGCUGCAGAUAAAUCCAGAUUCAGGAGUGAAUCCGGACCAUCUAUCUUACUUUCACUUCGUGGGACGCAUCCUGGGCAUUGCCGUGUUCCACAACCAUGUGCUGGACGGAGGCUUCACGCUGCCCUUUUACAAGCAGCUACUGAACAAACCAAUCACGCUGAGCGACAUCGAAGACGUCGAUCCGGAGCUACACAGAAGUUUGACGUGGAUGCUAGAAAACAACAUAUCCGGUGUGAUCGAUGCGACGUUCAGCGUAGAAAACAACAGUUUUGGAGCUUUAAAGGUGCACGAACUGAGGCCGAACGGUGGUUCCCAGCAGGUUACUGAGGACAACAAACGGGAGUACGUGAAGCUGUACGUCAAUUAUCGAUUCAUGCGCGGAAUCGAGCAGCAGUUCCUUGCCUUGUCGAAAGGUUUUGGUGAACUGGUUCCCAGCCAACUGUUGCGGCCAUUCGACGAAAGGGAGUUGGAACUGGUGAUCGGUGGCAUAAGUAAAAUAGACGUUAACGAUUGGAAAACGCACACACGACUGAAGCAGUGUACUCCAGAAACACCGCAGGUCGUCUGGUUCUGGCAGAUCGUGGAAUCAUAUUCACCGGAGAUGCGAGCCCAGUUGCUCCAGUUCGUGACCGGCAGUUGUCGGGUUCCGCUUCAGGGUUUCCGUGCCCUCCAAGGUUCGACCGGUGCCGUGGGCCCCCGUCUCUUCACCAUACACCUGACGGCGGAUGCCCCGAUGCAGAACCUCCCAAAGGCUCACACCUGCUUCAAUCGCAUCGAUCUGCCGAUGUACGACUCGUACCAGCUGAUGCACGACAAACUGACGCAGGCCGUCGAGGAAACGUGCGGAUUUGCUGUGGAGUAAUACAUUCGUGUGAGGAAUGUAUUUAGGUAACCAAUUGUAAAGAGGAACAGAAUUUGGUAAUGGUUCCGACGACCGAAACUGCUGAUACCUUGCAGUGAGUUAUCAAGAAUAUGUGAAGUGUGAAUUUUUACCACCUUUGGCUAUAGGGCUACAAAGUGGUUCUAAAACUCUCAACCAGGAACAUGAAUCUGUGAUGAUAUCAUAAGCGGUCUAUUUCUGAUAGAGCCUCAUGUUCUCAGAAAGGCGGGUUUGGUCUUUGAAGGAUAACACGGUUUGGUAUUGAUAAGUCAUUCGUAUUUACAUUCAAAUUAAUCCGAAUAUGGAAUCAACGAGCUCCCUCCCGUUUACAUGAUGUGUUCGAAAUUUCGUACAAUUUUAUCGUGAACUAACAGAUCAAACCAAACAAAUUUCACAGUUUAAACAUACAUAAAAGUUCAUUAGUAAAUCAAACUCUAUUACCAAUAGUGGCUAGCUCAAAUCGUUACUUCCCGUAGGUAGAGCAUUAAUGCUACAAAAUAUUACAAAACAUUAGCUCAAAAAUUUUUAAUCGGUAGAGUGUUAGAAAACAUAAAAAGAACCAGUUUUGAUAUACUUGACUUAAAAAUAAUCCAAAUAACAAAAAAAAUCACCAUUGUUAACAAAUUCCAUCAAUUUUAAACGUUACAAUUUUUAACCAACAUUGUCGAAACGAGAUUGGUAUUCGAAAUUUUUUACCUUACUAAGAACAGCUCUUGUAUUUUGGCGAUUAUUCCAAAAUUUUAUUAGGUGAAAUGUUUAACACAUUGAAAUUUAUUUAUUUGCGAAUCGAGUGAUAUAGGUACAGAAAAAAACACGUUUAUAGGAAAAAAAAUAUCAAUCAAAAAAUGAGAUUAUUAUAGCCUUUCGAUAGGUAGAAAGUAUCAUUGCCUGGCAAGUCUCGUUGGACUCCAGAUUCAGCUGUUAUUGGAAAGAAAUUUACAAAUGUAUUUAUUGUAGCUUAUUUUAUAAAACCAAUAUCAAAUUUUUAGAACACUACCAAUUUUCAAUCUAGCUAUGAAAUUCGUGAAACAUAAUAUUAGAAAGAAAAAGAAGUCUAGCAUUAAACCAUUGUUUGUCAGACCUCGACGGGACCUUCUAGUUUAGUGUGAAUCUUUCUCGUCGUAAAUCGAUAGACGUUAAUCAAAAUAAUUAUCCUCCUAAUCGAAUUUUAAUCAACUCGAUAUACCUGUUUGUAUAAAUCUGUUUACCCGAAGAACGCUCUUAUGUUGAUAGGUAAAGCAUACUUUGCCUCUUACUCCGCGCCGUGCGUGAGCCGACGAUAGUGACAAUUCUCACUUACGGUGACUACGAGAAUAGGAUAUGAACUCACAAAGUUCACAAUCCGAAGUGACGGUUCUCGACUAAAAUGACAGUAGGAAUCGAAUGACUUGACUGUCGUAACCUGACGCGAGACGCAGAAUAAGAGCCUAUAGGCUAUAAGUCGAGUUCGUAUAGAGAAGCUAACUCUGUUAAUUUGCAUCACCAACGCUGAAGAGUUUGGAAGAUCCUCAACCAAACGACACUUAUUCACCUCAACUAAUACGAGAAUAAUCUCCGACCCUUGACUGCAGUUGAACGCUUGGUGUAAACCACUUCUAAGUUUGUACAUAAAAUCCUAAAUCUGUGGGUAUCCUCAAUCCUUCAAUCUUAUUAUGCUGAUCAAUAGGCGCACCUCUAGACGAAGUUGGUUUUGUAUAAUAUUGUAAGUUCAACUACUGCGUCGAAUAUAGAAUGCUAACUCUGCUAUUGGAACACAAAGUCCCGUAAUGUAUAAUAGGCUAACGAAAAUCAAGCAAAUGGUAUUGUAUUUUCCUUCCGUGGUUAGUUAAUGGGGGAUUGUGCCGCUUCAGUUCUAGUGUCAUCAUGCUGUUUCGGCUGCUCCCCAGGCCUGGUUGCGUUUUUGUGCUUGGUUUAUUAUAUUUUUUAAACAAUUAACGAGAACAACCAACGAAAUGUCGGUGAAAUGGUCAAAAACGUUAAUUAUUAAAAAUUGUAACAAUUGGUCAUGAGAAAAGGAUAGGAGUAAGGACGAAAGCCGUAUAUAUUAUUGUAAAUUAUAUUAAAAUAUUUUAUACCGUUAAA